AUGGGGACUGAUUAUAGACGAGAAUGGAUAAAAAACCGCAUUACUACAUUCUUCGGAUUACCUUCUUGUGAUUAUUUUGAAGAAAUGAUGACCAAUAAGGAGGAAUUAGAAGAACAAUUUUCCUCUUUUUUGGACGAUACUGUCGAUACUAAUGAAAGAAAAGCUUUUUUCUUUCUUUAUAAGACUUCUUAUGAGAAAUUGGUCGAUGAAGAAAUAUUAGUUCCACAGAAAGGAAAGACUGAAGUCUUUAAGGCUGAUAAAUCUGAUGUCAUUCGUACUACCCACUCUAGAAAACUGCCCGAUAGUCGUCUUAGGGAUGGUAUAUUGAUUGAAAGUUCGAUAUAUGAGCUACAGUAUGCGUAUCGAGUAGGAGUUUACAGAAACGGCACUGCACCAUCUUGUUCAGAGGGCGGAGUAGUUAUAAAAGAAAUUUUACCAGAACCAACACCUGAACCAAAAAAGAAAGGAAAAAAGGGAAAAGGUAAAGAAAAGAAAAAGAAAAAAGGUAAAUGGAAAAGCGAGACAAAUACUCCAGUUUCUGGUGAUGAAACUGAAGGGGGUAUUCAAUUAUCUGAGAACUAUGUAGUUCAAACAGAGAUAGAAAAUUUAGAUACGAAAAUAAUUUCUGAAGACAGACAAGACACUGUAGAUACGUCGUUAACGGUAAGUGGAUCUGAGCCUCCUUUAACUGAAACAGAGGCUUCUACUUUACAAACCCCAGAGAUAACAGAUGCGGAUACUACUGACGUUGAUGAUAUACCAACCGAUAUAGAGGAUGGAAAAAAGAAGAAAAAGAAAAAGAAAGAUAAAGGAAAAAAGCAGAAGAAAAAGAAAAAAGAUGGUACACCUCAGAUUGCUUCUGAAGAAGAUGAAUAUAUCAUGGUUCCGCAAAUAAUACAAAAAACCGUAGUAGAUUAUAUACUCCAUGGCGGUUUCAUGAACACUGGAGAGAAAAUGUUCGAGAGUGAUAACUAUCGAAUAAUAUAUUUUUAUAGAAAAACAGACAGCGGCAUUCCACGCUUCAAGCAAGCUUCAGAUGCUGAUAUAGAGAUGCCAUAUUAUUUUUUGGUCGGUUCCAGCACAGGGAAUUUCUUACAUACAGUUACUCACUUAUGCAGCCAGAUGUUUACACCUUUAAUAAAAGGUUGUUUCGAGGAGCCAGCACUAAAAGCUUCGAAGGAGACUGGAAAUGAGGACAGGGGUACUCGGGUUUCAUCAGAUUUUAGGCGGCCUUCUGAUUAUCGCAGGAUAUCAAUGUACGUAAGUAAAGUACAGCGAACUCAGGAAGAUACCGAGUACGAAAUACCCGAAGAUCGACAAGAUAAUAAUCUUUCUACACCCAUUAAGGAUGAACUGUUUAGAGAAGUCUCUAAUAUUGUACAAUCUUUCGAAUGGUAA